AUGGCUACUACUAAGGUAGAUCUUGAGAGUACUCGUCCCUUGGCUCCAUUUACUCCCACUUUUUUAGGAGAUCACAACUUCUCUGUUCCACUCAACGACUCGGAAUUUGAUAAGAUUGAACAUGAGAUUGAAUCAGUUAUGAAACCGCAUGUAAAGGACAUGCUCGUGUCUUCUCGUAUUUGUGACAAGGAGAGGAUUCGUCUCAUCCAUUUGCUUAUCAGUCUAGCGAUCUCUCAUUAUUUCGAAAACGAAAUCGAAGAGGUUCUAAAGAAUGCUUUUGAGAAUCUUGAAGGCUUAAUCGCCGAGGAAGAUGAUCUUGAAACAAUCUCUAUUAUGUUUGAGGUUUUCAGGUUGUACGGACAUAAAAUGUCUUGUGAUGUGUUUGAUAGAUUCAAAGGCGAACACGAUGGAAAAUUCAAGGAAAGUCUAGUUGGAGAUGUUAGAGGAAUGUUGCAGUUAUACCAAGCGUCGUAUCUCAAAGCAAAAGAUGAGGAUAUAAUGGAGGAAGCGCGGAUUUUCACUAGGAAUCACUUGGCAGUGACUAAUACUCAUCCACAUCUCUCUAAGCAUAUACAGAACGCAUUGUACAUACCUCGAUAUCAUUGCGUAGAAAUAGCAGUUGCAAGAGAGUAUAUCUCUUUUUACGAACAAGAAGAAGAUCACGACGAGAAGCUGCUCAAGUUUGCAAAGCUCAACUUCAGCUAUUGCCAGCUUCAUUACGUCAAGGAGCUCAAAGCUGUCACUACAUGGUGGAAGGAGCUAGAUCUUGCGUCUAAACUGCCUAAUACCUUUCGGGACAGAAAUGUAGAGAUAUAUUUCGGCAUGAUGGGUAUAUAUUUUGAGCCACGAUAUUCCCUUGCGAGAAUUAUAGGCACUAAAAUUUCCAUGAUCAUGACAAUUGUUGAUGAUACAUAUGACGCCUAUGGCACUCUUCCCGAAGUCAUAAGUUUCACUGAUGCUUUACAAAGGUGGGAUAUUGGAGCCACUGAAGAUCUACCAAGCUAUAUGCAAAUUAUCUUCCGAAAUUUGUGGGGAAUUAUGCAAGACAUCGAACAAGAAAUGAGUUCGCUAGGAAGAUCUGGCGGUGUGCAACCUACGAUAGACGAGAUAAAGAGCUUGACGAAGAAAGGAUAUCUAGAGAUAGCCAAAUGGGCACGCGCAGGUCACGUCCCAAGCUUUGAGGAGUACAUGGAGGUUGGAAUCGUGACAGGGGCAAUGGAUGACAUGGCAAUAUACAGCUUUCUAGGGAUGGAAGAUUGUGAUGAGAAGAUAAUGUACGAGUGGUUUGCUUCAAGACCCAAAAUGAUCUUAGCUUUCAAUGUUGUGUUUCGUCUGAUAAACGACAUAACCACGUUUGAGGAAGAGUUAGAGAGAGGAGAAGUUGCGAAUGGACUGAACUGCUUCAUGAAGCAACAUUCUGUUAGUCAAGAAGAAGCUGUUAGAGAAUUGAGAAAGAUGAUUAAAGAUCAUCAUGAGAUAAUGAUGGAUGAGUUUUUUAUUGCAUCGUCUAAUGUCCCACGACAGAUUCUAGUGCGAGUCUUCAAUACUGCACGUGUGAUCAAUUUGUUCUACAAGGAAGGUGAUGGAUUUGGUCAUCCUGAUGAAAAUCUCAAAGCCCAUUUUACCUCUUUGUUUUCAUAA